GCCAUCUCCUUCCUCACGCCGCUGGCCGUCAUCUUCGUGGUCAAGAUCAUCCAGAGGACGGACCGCACCGAGAUCAAGGAGGCCUGCUUAGCUGUGUCUCUGGCGCUCGCUCUGAACGGAGUCUUCACAAACACCAUCAAGCUGAUCGUUGGCAGACCCAGGCCGGAUUAUUUCCAGCGUUGUUUCCCGGAUGGACAAGUGAACGCCAAGAUGCUUUGCACUGGGGAGCCAGAUCUGGUCUCUGAGGGACGCAAGAGUUUCCCCAGCAGCCACUCCUCCU